UCGCUUGGGCGAGAGAGAGAGAGAGAGAGAGAGGGGGGGGGGGGAGAAAAGGAAGGAUGAGGAAGUUCGAUCCAUGGCCGGUGUUUUUCCGGAGGGAGUUCAACCGCAACUGGCCCUUCCUCGUCGGCUUCGCCAUCACCGGCGCCGUCAUCGUCAAGCUCACCGCCGGCCUCACCGAGGAGGACGCCAAGAACUCUCGCUUCGUGCAGGAGCACAACAGCGAUGCACUUAUUGAAUCCGGGACAGAUUUGCUUAUUGAGCUGCCUGCUUCCAACGCCCUUACCAUUCCAUACUGCUCUGCAGUUAGCACUCCCAAAUCUGGAAAUGCUAACCAAAACUUCAAUGGUAAACCUACAUUCAUGAUUAGGACUGUCUCGAUAUCAUGUAACACGUGAGGGGUAUAGAGCAAGUACAGUAGUUUUUCUGUCAAGAUGAAAACGCACUUUUGCAAACAGUAGUAUGAUACAGCCUUCGCAUUUUGGAGAUGCAAAUGUUUAUACGUUGAAGAAUAAUUUUGAAUUCAUGCUGCACGUCUAUGAUUUUGGUAUAGCAAAAUGAUCACCACUGCUAUUAUUCAAGUGUAAAGUUCGUGCACUUAGCAAACUUGCUGAUCGUAGUGGUCACUUGCAACAUUGCCAUUUUUAUUGGUUAAGCUGCUUGUUAGUUGUCUUUUAUUUUUGAAUAUGUUGAAUUUCCUGAGACAAAAGCAAAUUGUUACUUUGAUAUUGCAAGGGGGGAACAUGUGUCAAAAAUAUUAUACUAAGUUAUAAAAUGUGAUAAGUCAGUUCAGAUUAAAAACAUGAACAAGUGUGGUGUGCAAGUGGCUGUUAUAGCCUUUUACUCAGAAAAAAAAAACUAUUCUUUCACUGUCUUUUGCCCCUCGAUACAUGGUUUGGGUGUUUUCUUGUCUUUAGCCUUUUGCUGAUUGCUUGCGUGCCAUGCCAACCAGUACAUGUUGUUCUAUCCAGUUUUAUUAGAAUUUUGUGUAUCCAUGCGCAUGCUUAAUGUUAUUCAACAUUUCCAAGACUUAGAGAAGGCUGUCUUGAUGAUUUGAGGAAGCGCAAUGGCAUUCUAACAAUUAUAUUAAAAUAGGCCUGGUAGUCCAUGUUCCUAGCGAUCAUGCAAAGAUUAUUCUGAUUUUUCUCAAUUUUGUUGUCAAAAUGCUUUUUUUAACAGCUGAACGAGUGGGUUCAAAUGUUUGAAUUAUUUUUGUUGGACACAUGUAUGAUAUGUAUAUUUCCCAUUGUAAACAAGCAG